CAUUACAUCCUAUUGAUUGGCCGUGGUACAAACUAUCCGCCUCUUGUCGCUGUUGUCUCCUGCGGUGUGCGGUGAAGCCAGCCAAAGAGCACUAAAAUGGCGCUUACUUCCCAAGGAACAAAGAAAAAAGUUUGCUACUACUAUGACGGUGAUGUUGGAAAUUAUUACUAUGGUCAAGGGCAUCCCAUGAAGCCCCACCGAAUCCGCAUGACUCACAACCUGUUGCUCAAUUAUGGCCUGUACAGAAAGAUGGAGAUCUAUCGUCCACACAAAGCUAGCGGAGAGGAGAUGACCAAGUAUCACAGUGAUGAUUACAUUAAAUUCCUCCGGUCAAUCCGACCAGACAACAUGUCCGAGUACAGUAAACAAAUGCAGAGAUUUAAUGUGGGAGAGGACUGUCCAGUGUUUGAUGGCUUGUUCGAGUUCUGCCAGCUCUCAGGAGGAGGCUCUAUCGCUGGUGCAGUGAAGUUGAACAAACAGCAGACGGACAUCGCUAUCAACUGGGCUGGAGGCCUGCAUCAUGCCAAGAAGUCUGAGGCCUCAGGCUUUUGCUAUGUCAAUGACAUUGUACUGGCCAUCCUGGAGUUACUGAAAUACCACCAGCGAGUUCUGUACAUAGAUAUUGAUAUCCACCACGGAGAUGGUGUGGAGGAGGCUUUCUACACCACAGACCGUGUUAUGACGGUUUCCUUCCACAAGUAUGGAGAGUACUUUCCUGGCACAGGUGACCUGAGGGACAUUGGUGCUGGAAAAGGGAAAUACUAUGCUGUGAAUUACCCACUGAGAGAUGGGAUUGAUGAUGAGUCCUACGAAGCCAUAUUCAAACCUAUAAUGGCCAAGGUGAUGGAGAUGUACCAGCCCAGUGCAGUGGUUUUGCAGUGUGGAGCUGACUCUCUGUCAGGAGACAGGCUUGGUUGCUUUAACCUCACCAUCAAAGGUCACGCUAAGUGUGUGGAGUACAUGAAGAGUUUCAAUCUGCCACUGCUAAUGCUCGGUGGAGGAGGCUACACCAUCCGCAACGUGGCACGCUGCUGGACGUAUGAGACCGCUGUAGCCCUAGAUACCUCCAUUCCCAAUGAGCUCCCUUACAAUGACUACUUUGAGUAUUUUGGACCAGACUUCAAGCUGCACAUCAGCCCCUCAAACAUGACCAAUCAGAACACCACUGACUACCUGGAGAAGAUCAAGCAGCGCUUGUUUGAGAACUUGCGCAUGCUGCCCCAUGCUCCUGGAGUCCAGAUGCAGGCCAUCCCUGAGGAUGCUGUGCAGGAGGACAGCGGUGACGAGGAGGAGGAUGACCCCAAUAAACGCAUAUCCAUCCGUGCUCAUGACAAGAGGAUAGCAUGCGAGGAGGAGUUCUCUGACUCAGAGGAUGAAGGUGAAGGUGGUCGUAGAAAUGCAGCUAGCUUCAAGAAAGCCAAGCGGGCCAAGACUGAGGGGGAGAAGGAGGGAGAAGAAAAGGAGAAGAAAGGUGAGGAGGAAACAAAAGAAGUAAAAGAGGAGGAGAAGGUGCCAGAAGAGGAGAAAAUGGACACGUCAAAGCCAAAAGAAGAGUCCAAGACACCUUGAGAUCCUCAGCAGCCAAUGAUGCCAGCGCAACUGAUCCUGAUGGAUCCUUUUUCCCCCUUCAAGCAAGAUUUUUUGGAUAGCUCAUCUUUCCAGGCUGCUGCUGUUAAAAUCCAUGAAGGACUAUACCUUUGUAAUGAGGUCCACCUCCCUUUAAAAUGGGACGGGGAUCCAAUCAGGAUUUUCUAGGUCACCUUUUCAACCUUUGCUGUUUAUGGACUGAAGUCAGUCAGUGUUUCUGAGUAUUGUUUUGUAUGCCUUCUCAUUUUAUACCCUUUAUCUUUUUAUGCUACGUCAUUUGCCUUUCCCUUGUGAAGCAACUGUAAAAAUGGCUUAGUACAUGUAUGCUUUUAUAUAUCUGAUGGAUUUAAUUUAUUUAAAUCAUAGAUAUUUUGGCUACUCUGUUUUGUCUUUCAGUCCCAUUUUGUCCUGUCUUUGAAUAUGUAGUUGAAGCAUGUUUAUGCAAUAGAUCUUUUUCUGUAAUACAUCUGUGUCACUGGUCUUGCCUGCCAAGGUCACCAAGCCAGUAGAGGUGAAUACCUUUUACAUGUCACAGUCAACAUACAUGACAGUCUUAUAUUUUAGGAUGUUUAGUUUGUGCCCUUCACUGACAAAAGAACAUCUUGGACAAGUUUCCUGGACUCCUGCCUCUCUAAUGAAAGUUUUUGAGUUCUGUCCAGUGACUGCCAUUGUCAGUUGUAUUCCAAGGAAAUUUGGACUUGUAUGUCCUGUAAGAACCAAUCUCAGAUUGGAGGUAAGAUAAAUGCUAGAUUUCAUUUGUUGUAUAUAUUUAUAUUCUGAAACUUAAGAAAAAACGUUCCACUAAAGUUUGCAAAUGUUCUAUAAAUCUGACCCUGGUGUGUUUGAACACACUUUCAAAAACCAAUAAAAAAACUGCCCUGAAACAAU